CUUUUCCCAGAGUGCACUGGGAGUCAAUGCACAGAACAGACGGCUACAAUGUGGAGACAAGUCCUGGAGGACGGCAGGUCAGCCUUCAAUGACCACUGGCCACACAGUGUCCUUGUUCCUGUAGCUGUUGGGUUAGGAGGUAUAAUGGUUGGAAGGAUGAUUUGUGGACGCAAACCUAAAACCAUUGAAAUGGGUGAUGGAUGGUGGGGAUCUGGUCACAAAUCUUAUGCACAAAGUGAGGACACCAGCAUGCGCCCAUUCACUAUAGAGGAAUCUGAAGACGUUAUUAAGGACCUCUACGAACGUCUAGAUCAAACCCGCUUCUUUGCACCCCUGGAAAAUUCUCAAUUUCAUUAUGGCUUAAAUUCUACUCACCUUCAGAAAAUUGUCACCUACUGGAGGAAUGACUUUGACUGGUCAAAGCAGGUGAAGAACCUCAAUAGAUACCCCCAUUACAAGACUACUGUUGAAGGGCUAGAAGUGCACUUUAUGCAUGUCAAGCCUCCUAAUCUUGCCCCAGGACAGAAGGCUCUGCCGCUCCUUAUGGUCCAUGGUUGGCCUGGGUCGAUUUAUGAGUUUUACCGCAUCCUCCCACUGCUGACCGAGCCAGCAAAGCAUGGUCUGAACCCAGACCCUGUGUUUGAGGUCAUCUGUCCAUCAAUCCCUGGAUAUGGCUUCUCCGAGGCACCGCACAAGGAAGGGUUCAAUUCUGUGGCUGCUGCCCGUAUCUUCUACAAGCUGAUGCUCCGAUUGGGAUUUAAGGAGUUCUAUCUGCAAGGGGGUGACUGGGGCAGCCUAAUUACAACUAAUAUUGCUCAGAUGAAACCAGAGUCUAUAAAGGGUCUACAUAUAAAUUGCGUCUUUAUGCCAGCAGGAGGCCUAAAACAAAUUCUAACUUUGCUUCUUGGGAGAUACCUACCUUGGUUCGUGGGUAUGACCACGGAAGACAUCAAGCGUAUAUAUCCUUACUUCGAAAAGAAUGUGUACGCACCAUUACGUGAGUCUGGAGGCUUGCAUAUCCAAGCUACCAAGCCAGACACUGUGGGCUCUGCUCUGAAUGAUUCUCCUGCUGGACUUGCUGCCUACAUUCUGGAGAAAUUCUCCACCUGGACAAACCCGGACUUUCUUCAGCUGGAGGAUGGAGGCCUAGAGAGGCAAUAUUCCAUGGACGAUCUUCUCACCAACGUAAUGAUCUACUGGACAACUGGCUCUAUUGCGUCCUCUAUGAGAUUCUACAAGGAGAAUUUUACCAGAGACAUACUGACUUCCCCAGUAUACAAGACUGGAGUUCAUGUUCCCACCGGUAUCGCAAAUUUCCCGUGUGAACUAAUGCAUGUUCCCCGUGUUUUGGCAAAGGAGAGGUACCGGAACAUUGUCACCUACACAUACCUGCCCCGCGGAGGGCAUUUUGCAGCCAUGGAGGAACCCUUGCUGCUGGCUAAGGAUGUGCAGGACUUUGUGUCCGCCGUGGAAAAAUGUAAGAAAUGAAGCAAACUGAUAAGCGGUCAAAGAAGCUUUGGAAUUGAAUUAUGCUGUUGACCUUGUGGGAAAAUUAGAUCUUGUUUUAUAUAAAUGUUAGAUGCUGAGGCAAUAAUAUACGUAUCUGUAAAAUGUACGUUUUAUAGUGAUAAUAAAAACAUCAUAUUUUCACA